AUUGCACGUUCUGAUAAUCAGUCGUCGACCAGUUCACUUUUCGCUCAGCGCUCCCCCCUCUAAUUCCCAGUCUCCCAUCUUCUACGCAACAUCAAGGCCAACAUCCGCACUCGAGUAUAGCGUAGUAUUUGGGCUUCUUUUCCCCUCCCGUCCCCCUACCCGAGGCGCGGAGUCGCUACCAGGCUGCCAUACAGCUAACAGCAUACAGCCAUUGCCAGCAGCGACCAUGAUCUAGUCGCGAUCGCUUCGCUCUUGCACACGCUUCGUUUUGUGGCUGUGAUCGAGUGCGGGUUUCCGACGCACAGUUUGCGUUAUACCUCGUACCUCGCAGAGUCGCGAAUCGCAGUCCAGUCGUCGACCAGUGCGAAGAGCAGCUAUACAGUCGACCGGAAUCAAUACAGCUUCUAUCCAACGCAGGACUACGGUACUCUCUGCUGUUGGCGCCGUCUCGACAACGCCGCACUUCGGAGCAACGACUCCGCUCUUCUCAGCCAUGGCCGAAAACGAUCAUUUUGAUUGGGGCAAUGAAAAGCUGCAGCGAGCUCAGAAGACCAUUGAAGAAACACAGUUUGAUCUUGAGGCAUGGAGCCUCCUUAUUCGAGAAGCACAAAACAGGCCUAUCGUAGAAGUACGACCAGUUUUUGAGAAACUCGUAACUGUCUUUCCAUCAGCAGGUCGAUACUGGAAAAUUUAUAUAGAACAAGAGAUGAAAAUGCGCAACUUUGAAAAAGUGGAAAAGCUUUUCCAGAGGUGUCUUAUGAAAAUCUUAAAUAUUGAACUAUGGAAAUUAUAUCUUUCUUAUGUCAAGGAGACAAAAGCCAGUCUUGCCACAUACAAAGAAAAAAUGGCCCAGGCGUACGAUUUUGCUUUAGAUAAAAUUGGAAUGGAUAUACACUCUUACAGUAUAUGGAACGAUUAUGUAGUAUUUUUAAAAAGUGUCGAAGCUGUUGGCUCAUAUGCUGAAAACCAAAGAAUAAGCGCUGUACGCAAGGUUUAUCAACGUGGAGUCGUAAACCCUAUGAUCAACAUGGAACAAUUGUGGAAAGAUUACAUGGCUUUCGAACAAAACAUUAAUCCUAUUAUUGCAGAGAAAAUGGCUAUAGAAAGAUCGAGAGACUACAUGAAUGCCAGAAGAGUAGCCAAAGAACUGGAAGCAGUAACAAGAGGACUGAACAGAAGUGCGCCGAGUGUACCUCCAACUGGUCAUCCGGAAGAAAUUAAACAAGUCGAACUGUGGAAAAAAUAUAUUGCUUGGGAGCGUAGCAAUCCUUUGAGAACCGAAGACACGUCGCUGGUCGCUCGUAGAGUCAUGUUUGCGAUUGAGCAGUGCCUGCUGUGCCUAGGCCACCACCCGGCUGUCUGGCAUCAGGCCGCUCAUUUUCUCGAACUUAGCUCUAAGAUUCUCACAGAGAAAGGUGAUGUUAAUGCGGCGAAAAAUUUGAGCGACGAGGCUGCCACAAUGUUCGAACGGGCUACCAAUACUCUUUUGUCGAAAAAUAUGUUGUUGUAUUUUGCGCACGCCGAUUUUGAGGAGGGCCGAGUUAAGUACGAAAGAGUGCACCAAAUUUACCAGAAGUUCGUUGACAUAACGGACAUUGACCCGACACUGGCAUAUGUACAAUACAUGAAAUUUGCUAGAAGGGCCGAAGGAAUCAAGUCAGCCAGAACUGUGUUCAAGAAAGCUAGGGAAGAUCAAAGAUGCAGACAUCACGUAUACGUUGCAGCAGCUCUUAUGGAAUACUAUUGUACAAAGGAUAAAAAUAUAGCUUUCCGGAUAUUUGAGCUUGGGCUGAAGAAAUUCGCCGAUAAUCCAGACUACAUACUAUGCUACAUAGAUUACUUGUCACAUUUGAACGAGGACAAUAACACAAGGGUAUUAUUUGAACGCGUGUUAUCAUCAGGCAGUUUAGAACCCGAAAAAUCUGUCGAUAUAUGGAACCGAUUUCUAGAAUUCGAAUCAAACAUUGGAGAUUUAGCAAGUAUAGUCAAAGUAGAGAAACGACGAAGUGCAGUUUUAGAAAAGAUUAAAGAAUUUGAAGGUAAAGAAACAGCGCAACUUGUAGAUCGAUACAAAUUCUUAGAUUUAUAUCCUUGCACGCCGAUGGAAUUGAGAUCAAUUGGAUACAUGGAAGUGUCUAGUGUGAAUAGAAAUACAAAUGGUCCACUACCUCGUGUAGCCGAUACAGAAGAAGUUAUUGCAGCAUUACCAAGGCCUGAUUUAUCGCAAAUGAUUCCGUUUAAACCAAAAGUCAACCCAUUGCCAGGAGAGCAUCCUGUCCCAGGUGGAUCAUUCCCACUGCCUCCAGCUGCAGCUCAAUUAUGCACGAUGUUGCCACCACCUGGAUGUUUCAGAGGUCCCUUUGUGUCAGUUGAAUUGUUAAUGGAUGUCUUUAGCCGAAUUCAGUUGCCUGAUCACGCACCUUUGCCAAUAGCGGAUAAUGGUUGCGACACGAAAUUGUUUGACUUAGCUAAAUCCGUUCAUUGGAUUGUUGAUGAAACAGCCGAUGGUAAAAGCAUUGUCAAUAAUCGUAAGAGGACUAGAUUAGGUGGAGAUGACAGCGAAGAAGAAGACUUACCACCACCACCCGCUAAUGAUAUCUAUAGGCAAAGGCAACAAAAGCGUGUAAAAUAAAAUUAUGUUCGAGAAAAAAAAACUAUUAUGAACACUGCGAUUGUGUAAAAGUGUUAAGUCAUUUUGAAAUAUAAAUUUUUUAAUUUGUAAAUUCGGUAUUUUAUGAAUUUGUGACAAAAUAAGUACGGGAAUUAGUUGAAAUGAUAUCGAAAUAUUCAAUCGAUUUUUUUUAUAAUCUCACUUUAAAAGAAAUCGGAUGAUCAACCUUUCAAUUAAUUACUAUGAGUGUGGUAAAGUAUAUUUGAAAGUGACUCAAUACUCGAAUAGAAAACGUUGAAAAUUAUCAAUUAUGAGAAUCUAUCCUCUUAAGUUUAAGUUUAGUCCAUUUUUUGUCGUUUCUAAAUCAAGUCAAUCGAUUGAACGCAUUUGUUUCUUUGAAACUUGAUUGACCGUAUAUGCUUACUUAUUGAGUACCAUGUACUCUGUAUGAUUUAUAAAACCUCAUAAAAUUACAAUAAACGUGUACAUAUAUAUUCGUAUGAAUUUUCCAAUGAAUUAAUAAAGAAUAAAAGAUUAAAAGUGAUUUUAGUGACAAAUUAUAUUGACAAUGGAUAAAUACAAAUGAAUUUAUCAAUGAGAUAUCUAAAAUAUCACGUUAAUGAAGCUUUUCAACAUUCCUUUGGAUUAUAAAGGACCCUUAUUUGAAGAAAUAAAAUGGCAACAAAUAAAUUUUGGAAAAAAUCUAUAAAAAAUAAUGUAAUUUUUACUUUUAUACUUAUCCUAAAGUUACUUAUAUUUAUAAAUUAACAGUGCUAAUUCUCAUCAUUACUUUUCGAUAUUUGUAAUGUCUUAAAUAAGUAGAGUGAAUAUUUACUAAGUAAGCCGUAUUUGAUUUGAAUUUAUGUAUAAAUAAUGAACUAUAUUUUUUCAAUUUGUAUUCAUUCAAAAAGAACCAAAAAGUAAAAAAUGCAUCCUCGCCAUCUAUUUUUGCUUUUACAAGCCGCUUGACAAAAUAAACAAACUGGUGGACUUUAAUGAAUUUGGCCAGCAUUGCUUAGGUAAUAUUUAAAAUUUUGGAAUAAAGUUAUGUUAUAAGUGCCAUGUUACUUUUAAAUAAUCGAUGUUCUUUAUGAAUUAAAAAUAUGUAGUAGUUGCUAUAUAUUAGCUACGUGUAUGAGUUAUAAUUAUUAAUUUUUUGAUUGUCGCGUGCGAUACACGAAUGUUUUCUAUGAUGAUAUUUCCACAAAUCAUGUCAUAAAGGAAUAUUUAUCCUAACCAUUGAGUCCAGUUUAUUUAGGGCUUCUUGCUUUUUAUUUUUCGGGACAAAAUGCUGGAAAUAAGUUCGAAACCACCACAAGCUCUUCAUGUUUUACGUUUUUCUAACAUGAUCACCGAUGAUCACAUUUUUUUCGUUCAAAACUUUAAAUUGUUAGUUCUUUCAUAUUUAAUACAGAUUAUCGCAAAACACGUCUCGCUGAAAAUUUUGCGCUGAUUUAUGGUUUUAUAAGAAUAUUUAUAUAUUAUUUUGUUAAAAAUAUCAAUAUACAGUGUAGCAUGAGUGCGUGGAAAAAUGUUAACUGCUAGUGAACAACAAAACUCAUGUAAUCAUUAUAAUGUCAAAUAUAAAAGAGUGAAAUCUAAAA